AUGCUUUUUAAAUUAGGACUAUUCUUCUUUAUUUGGUGUCUGCUCGGCCUCCAAGCGAGUCAAGUUAAAGACAGCCGGGACCAUGGUAUUUCAGGACUCCGAGAUGUGAGGUACCGGCACUUUUUAGAAGCUUCUAGAAUGACGAAAUAUAACAGUAACAAAGCGAAAACCGGCGAGGAAGGACAUCGGAGGAGGAGAUCCACCUUUCUCACGACGGGUGUCAAAGUAUGCCCUCACGAGACCAUGAAAGCUGUCAUCGGCAGCCAUCGAGCCUACUACAAGCUUCGAGUUUGUCAGGAAGCCAUUUGGGAGGCCUUUCGUAUCUUCCUGGACAGGGUACCAAACACGGAGGAGUAUCGAUCGUGGGUUUACACUUGCCAACAUGAAAACCUCUGUAUGGAUGACCUGGCUCAAAACUUCAGUAGUUCUCAGGAGCAUUUGGAAAUGGUGGCCCGAAGAGUGGCUGAGCAGGCUGAGCUUGAUGGUGUUGUAAUGGAAACACCGGAACCGGGAGUAGAAUGUGAGUUAAAAACAAGCACGUGGACCCCCCCGGUGAUUUUCAUUCCAACAGAAGAUGAUGCGACAAAAGAAGAGCCGAAAAUGAUCAAAGAGAAGUACGGGGAGCACAUUGUGGAGUUUAACGCGACCAUUGUGGAGCCAUCAUACAUUGAGCUAUUGCUUGAUCCUCAGGCAGCUGACGCCGAUGACAUCACUGGGGAAAUAACCGACAAGAUGCUUCAUGCACUUAAAAAAAUUCCAGGGUUCAAAGAAAUUCGUUUGCUGAGAUUCAGCUCAGAGGAUGUGACUCUGCAUUAUGCUGCGGUCUUUGAUGGAGACAUUGAACUCAGUGAUGAUCCGGAGCCUUUAGACUGGCAGGCAAAUGUGGAUGCUCCUACAUUGAGGCAUAUGAUGUUGAAAGCGUUACAAAAGGAGUCAUCUCUUCCGCUGGACAUCCAGAAAUUAACCUUCGAAGCUGUUACUACAGCUUACCCCGAUGCAGAGCUCAGUAUGUACACCCCUGGUAUAGAUGUAGAUAGCACUUCAAAGUUUCACCCCACAGUGGCAGCAAAAGAAAACCCAUUUGAAAGUAUUAAAAUCACAGAUAGUUCUGUGCCGUCCUUGGUGACCACACUCCCAGAAACCACCUCUGCACCUACAGCUGAUGAGGUGCCAAUGGGAGCUGCAGUGGAGGAGGCGUCAGCAGGUGAUUCUUCAGGAGAGUUGAGUGUUAUCAUCAUACCAGGGACAACGCCAGGAGCCAUUCAAGAGCAGGGACAAGAUGUGGAGGUCAAGGACACAAGUGCAAUGGAAGCUAACAGUGGAGAACAUGAAGGGGCAAACACAGGAGACUUCUUAACUUCGUCACCACCAGGGGCCAAUCCAGAAAUAGAGAUCAUUGAUGAAUCUCACCUCUCUGGCACAGAAACUGCAUUAUUUCAUGAGGAUGCCAUUAUAGGCAUGGAAACAGAGCCCGACGUGGACCUGAAACCAUCACCUACAAACAAAGGUGAUGCUUCCGUUGAAGUCACCAAUGAAGUAUCAUUUAUUGUCACAACCAAAGCCCCGAUGGAGGUUUCCAGUGCAGCCAACAGUGACUCUCUUAAUGAAGUUCCCGUUGAAGACCUCAGCAAAAUCCUUAACGAAACCCCAAGUGAGGCGUCCAGCAUCAUUUCAAACGAAGUCUCCAGUGAAAUUCCUAGUGACAUCCCUACAAAGGUCUCCAGUAAAAAUCCUACAACUAUUAGUGAUAUCCCCAAAAAGGUCUCCAGUCAAGCGCCCAGUGAAACCUUCAGCAAGGCCCCAGGGCUAGUCCACGUCUCCAGCGAAGUACCUAGUGAAUCACCCAUGGAAGUCCCCAAAGAAGUCUUUAGCAAUGAGCCCGACAAGAUCUCCAGUAAAGCUCCCGGUGUUAUCACCACUAAUGUCCCUAAUGAAGCCUCCAGCGAGUCCCAUAGCAUUGUGCCCAGUUCUCUCCCAGUUGAAGUCCACAGUGAAGCCCCUAGUGAAGCAUACAAAGUCACUACCGAAGUCGGUGGUCAGGCCCACAAAGGAACCACCGUUGAAGUCUUUGACAGUUUCUCUCCUCAAACCCCCAGCAUGACCCAUAAUGAGUUUCCCAGCGAAAUCUCUAGUGAAGCUCCCGGUGAAACCGGCAACAUAGUCACCAGUGAAACCCCCAGCGCUGUCAUCACUGAAGCCCACAGUAAAGCCUCUAGUGAAGUUCCAGUUGAGGCCCCCAAUGAAGUCCCCAAUCCAAUCCCCACGACAGCACCCAGCAUUUUUUCCAGUGAAGUCAGCCACAGCGAUUACCCCGACACAGUCCCCACUGAGAACGAUGGAGCCGAUUCGAGCAGAGUGACCCCAGCAUUGGCAAACCCACCAAACUCCAACAUUCAGGAUGAUGUAGAGCCAAAACAAGGCAGGACUGAAAUGACCGAGCCUCUGGAGGAGGACAUCAGUAGUGUUAUAUACCCUUCAGAGGCUGACGAACGGUCCACAGCAGGCCCGGCCUCGAGACAAGCCAGUACUCCCGUAAUGGCUGCGGUGCAGCAGAGAAGAGACUUAGUGGUUUUCUUUAGCCUGAGGGUGACGAACAUGCUGUUUUCUGACGAUCUGUUCAACAAGACCUCGCCAGAAUAUAGAUCACUGGAGAAUACCUUUCUCGAGCUGCUUUUACCCUACCUCGAGUCCAACCUGACCGGAUUCAAGCAACUGGAAAUCCUCAACUUUCGUAACGGCAGCGUGGUGGUGAACAGCAGGUUGAAGCUGGACAAGGAGGUGCCGUACAACGUGACCGAAGCCGUGCAUUGCGUGCUAGAAGACUUCUGUAAUGCCGCGUCCAAGCGGCUCGACAUCGAGAUUGAUAGCCGCUCCUUGGAGAUAGAACAAGCUGACGAAGCCGACCCGUGCAAGUUCCUGGCCUGUAAUGAGUUUUCACGCUGCGUGGAGAACAGUUGGAACAACGAGGCGGAGUGUCUUUGCGACCCGGGUUACAGCGCGGUGGACAGCCUGCCGUGUCAGAGCGCGUGCGACCUGCAGCCGGACUACUGCCUCAAUGGAGGGCUGUGUGAAAUCAUCCCAGGCCAUGGAGCCGUAUGCAGAUGCCCCGUAGGCAAAUACUGGCACUACCACGGAGAGCGCUGCAGCGAGCUGGUUUCGGUGCCACUCGACCCGUCGUUAAUUAUAACCUGCCUCGUGGGAAGCCUCUGCCUCGUUUGCGCCAUCAUCGGCAUUCUGGUGUUCAUUAACAAGAAAUGCGCCGCGACGAGGAAGGCGGUGACUUUGGUGCACAGCCUUGCUCCCUAUGCCUUUGAAAAUACUUUGAGGGUGAACCCAGUGUACGAAAAUGACGAUGGCAUCUUAAGCCAAGUGUCUACGUUGCCGUGUCCCUCCAGCUCGGCCUCGUCCCACUCUCACCAGUCUGAGCAGGAGCUGUAUGCCUCGGUCGAAAAUAUACAUCUCAGUAUCGAGAUCCCCAGAAAACUCUACACCACGAGAUCCGAAAAGUUAGUAUCGGAGCUGGUGGACUUCCAUCAAUGCAUCCCACACAACGAGACGUGGCGACUACCAAAUGAAUACAGAGCGUGUUUUCUUCUGUGGACAUCAGACAGCGAGGGCGGUGAGGCCACUGUGGUGUGA